AUGACCCGGGUUCCCCCGGCGGAGAGCAGCCCGCAGCUGUCGAGUGAGACCCGCCCUCCACCCCCGAAGUAUCAGCAAGCUGUCUUCGCCUCCCUUCCCGCUGUGGGCGGAAGGGGGGCUUUCAGCCCAAUUCCAGCGCACAAAGAGAGGCGGAGAGAACAAAAGCUCGGCGCCCCCAGACAUCCCCAGCUCCGACGACGGUCCCAAGACGCGGCUGUCGGAGUCCGGGGCCGGGUGGGAGGCUCGAGCCUCGUCUUCCGCGGCCGCGGGGCCCUGUGGGAGCAGCCGGCCCAGGUAACAAAGGACCGGACCGAGCAGGACGACGCUGAGGCCGGGCGUGCGGGUGGCGGAGGGGGCGGCGACCUCCCUUUUUGUUCCAACGUCAAGCUGGCGGUUUUCCCACGGCCGGCCUCCGAACUGGGGUGA